AUGAUCCUCCCGUACAAGCGCGAUGCUGAUUUCGAUCUUGAGAGUCACAGUGAUUUUCCACGUGAACUAAGUCCAAGUGCGAGCUCUUUCCAGCGACUCUCACAGCUGUCAACGACUGCCAAGUCGGCCAUGUCGCUCAAUGAGAUCUACCGCGUCGAGAUCAGCAGCGCAUUCGAGAGCGAUGACGCCACCAUUUAUGUCGUCAAUGUGUUCCUGCGAACCACGCAAAAGGGUUUGCCAACUAUGGAAACGCUAGACCAACGUCGACGCCGUUUGCGCCGGGAAUAUCAGGGACAAACACCAGAUUACCAGGUCGAACACCGAUACUCCGACUUUCGCGCCAUGGUUAAGAGCAUUUCGAACGUGGUGAACGAUCAUGAUCACUUCCGAUUUUGCGCAUAUUGUAGUCGCGUAGGCACCACUGAAUCCGCCGCGGGUUUCCCGCCGCGCAUCCCGAACCGUGGCCCGCUCGCGGCAGGCUGGCGCCAAUUGCUGACACGGGUGCGGAAACGCCGCCUCGAGCGCUUUAUGAACCAGUUUCUCAAGGCUUCGAAGGAUAUGUCGUAUCGUACUAGCGCUACCAGCUACUGCGGUCGGUUCUUGGUGGUCUCACAGAUUAUGCUCAGCUUUCUUACACCGCAUGAGGGUGCGAAAAAGCUCCCUGGACAAGACAAUCGCUGUAGGUCGUCUCAAUGA